UUUCUUUUAUUUCCUCUUUCCAUGUUUUGUUUUCUAUAUAUUUGGCUUUAGGUUGUUGUUGGCUUCAGGGUUUAAGCCAUUUUUCUCAGGCACUUUUUCCCCACCGCCUCUGUUUUUAAGCUGCUACUGGUCUUCUUCUUCUUAUUCAAGAAUGAGCUGAUACUCACAGAAGAAGAAGUUUUCUUUGGAUUUUCACUACUGGUAAAGCCAUUGUUGUGAAAUUGGACGCUAGUAGCAUUGAAAUGGCAGAACAAAAGAGUAGUAACGGAGGAGGAGGAGAAGUUGUUAUCAAUGUUUCAGGAGAGGAAGCAUCAAAGCGUUCCAUGGAAAUGGCUUCACCAGAGUCUGAGAAAGGAGUGCCCAUCAGUAAAAGCCCUUCUCCUGAAAUCUCUAAGCUUGUUGGUAGUCCUAACAAGCCUCCUAGAGCUCCAAAUCGGAACAAUGAGGGUUUAACUCAGAGGAAAUCUUUUGCAAGGUCGGUUUACUCAAAACCCAAGUCCCGGUUUGUGGAUCCAUCUUGUCCUGUAGACACAACUGUUCUAGAGGAGGAAGUUAGGGAGCAACUUGGUACUGGUUUUUCUUUUAGUAGAUCUUCUCCGAAUAACAAAUCGAAUAGGAGUGUCGGGUCAACAGCACCGUUAACUCCAAGUAAAGCCGUUGUGGAGAAAGAUGAAGAUGAGGAAAUCUACAAGAAGGUUAAGCUGAACAAAGAGAUGCGCAGUAAGAUAAGUACAUUGGCUUUGAUAGAGUCAGCUUUCUUUGUGGUGAUUUUGAGCGCUUUGGUUGCGAGUUUAACCAUUAAUGUCCUGAAAAAUCACACCAUCUGGGGACUAGAAGUCUGGAAAUGGUGUGUGCUUGUCAUGGUUAUAUUCAGUGGAAUGUUGGUGACCAAUUGGUUCAUGCGUUUGGUUGUGUUCCUCAUAGAAACAAACUUCCUUUUGAGGAGAAAAGUGCUCUACUUUGUGCACGGCUUGAAGAAGAGCGUCCAAGUCUUCAUAUGGCUCUGCUUGAUUCUUGUUGCUUGGAUAUUGUUGUUCAACCGCGAUGUGAAACGGUCCCAGGCAGCUACAAAAAUCCUCAACGUCAUAACCAGGACUCUUAUUUCCGUUCUUACGGGGUCAUUCCUUUGGCUGGUGAAAACAUUGUUGUUGAAAAUCCUUGCAGCAAAUUUCAACGUCAAUAACUUUUUCGACAGGAUUCAAGAUUCUGUUUUCCACCAGUAUGUUCUACAAACGCUCUCGGGUCCUCCACUUAUCGAAGAGGCAGAAAGGGUUGGGCGUGAGCCAAGCACCGGCCAUUUGAGUUUUGCUAGUGUAGUGAAAAAAGGAACGGUUAAAGAAAAGAAAGUGAUUGAUAUGGGGAAAGUUCAUAAGAUGAAGCGAGAGAAAGUUUCUGCUUGGACAAUGCGGGUUUUGGUAGAAGCUGUUAGAACUUCAGGUCUCUCUACAAUCUCUGACACAUUGGACGAAACAACAUACGGUGAGGGGAAAGAGCAAGCUGAUAGAGAAAUUACUAGUGAGAUGGAGGCUUUGGCUGCUGCUUACCAUGUAUUCAGGAAUGUUGCUCAGCCUUUCUUCAAUUACAUAGAGGAAGAGGACUUACUUAGGUUCAUGAUUAAGGAAGAGGUUGAUCUUGUGUUCCCAUUGUUUGAUGGUGCUGCCGAGACCGGGAAAAUCACAAGAAAAGCUUUCACAGAAUGGGUGGUUAAAGUGUACACGAGCCGGAGAGCUUUAGCGCAUUCGUUAAAUGACACAAAAACAGCGGUUAAGCAGUUAAACAAACUUGUGACAGCAAUCUUGGUUGUGAUUACCGUUGUCAUUUGGCUACUGCUUCUAGAAUUAGCAACGACUAAGGUUUUGUUGUUCUUCUCUACCCAACUCGUGGCUCUGGCUUUUAUAAUCGGAAGCACAUGCAAAAAUCUCUUUGAAUCAAUUGUGUUUGUCUUCGUUAUGCAUCCUUAUGAUGUAGGUGAUCGAUGUGUUGUCGACGGUGUAGUGGUAAACUUCAACACCAAAGAUCCUUUAAACUCGUAUAUUAUAUUUUUUUUAUAUUCUAUACAAACACAUUCUUGCGGGGGUUUUCAGAUGCUGGUUGAAGAAAUGAAUCUGUUAACGACGGUGUUCUUGAAGCUAAACAACGAGAAAGUGUAUUAUCCGAACGCUGUUUUGGCCACAAAACCCAUAAGCAAUUACUUCAGAAGUCCGGAUAUGGGAGAAACAGUGGAAUUCUCUAUCUCAUUCUCGACACCAGUCUCCAAGAUCGCACAUCUCAAAGAAAGAAUCGCCGAGUACUUGGAGCAAAACCCGCAGCAUUGGGCACCGGUUCACACGGUGGUGGUGAAGGAGAUAGAGAACAUGAACAAGCUGAAGAUGGCCCUAUACAGUGACCACACCAUCACGUUUCAGGAAAACAGAGAGAGGAAUCUCAGAAGAACCGAACUUGUUUUGAACAUUAAGAGAAUCUUGGAGGACCUUCACAUCGACUACACUCUCCUUCCUCAAGAAGUUAAUCUCACCAAGAAGAAUUGAAAACCAAUUUAUAACCGGUUUGGUGUUUUUUCUAAACCGUUACUUUAAGAUUUUAUUACCAAACUUUGCGGUACUG